GCCAAAUCCAAACAUAAACUUGAGCUAUAUAUUCGCAGUACUAGGAGAUCGUUUUGAAACUCACCGAAAUUCGUAGCCUAAUAAUUCCGGUGUCUCCCUAAUCAAAAUCCACCGCUUUGGAACUGUUGCGCAUGCGCACAGAGAGGCGCGGAGCUGCCCAAGCGCUGAACCCGGCGCUCAAGCCAUUUGAAGAGAUGCUCCAGCACUGACUGACAGACACGCGCCACACUCUGAACAGACAUCAUUUCACCACAGCCAGGAUUUCACCUGUCAUCUCUAAUUGUGUUUUCCUCCCCCGCUGUGUUUCAUUCACGCGCAGAAUGAUUUUAGGAGCUUUGUGGGGCUUUUUCUGGACGCGCAACAGCAGAUGCGCGGCGUCUCGGUGUCGUUUCUUUGACACGGAGGAACCAUGAGAAUCUGGGCUGAAGUGGUUCUUGGAUCACCUGCGAAAACCUCCGGCUGUCUGCGCUUUAGUUCGGGAGAAGACGCGGCGGGUGUUUGGGGCGCGUUCAUGAGCCCAUGAGGGGAAACGAGCGAAGCCAGAGGAAUGACUCGCCCUUCUGUGAAACUCCUCACAACUUUACUCGCGUGUCUGAUAGAAAUGCUCAACUUCAGGAUAACGGCAGGACAAGAGUACGAGAGACUGUCCGGACGGGAAUCUUCAUCUGCGAUGUCGCCCUCUGAUUUCCUGGACAAACUGAUGGGCCGAACGUCAGGAUAUGAUGCGCGGAUACGACCCAACUUCAAAGGUCCACCUGUGAACGUCACAUGCAAUAUAUUCAUCAACAGCUUUGGCUCCGUGACAGAGACGACUAUGGACUACCGGGUCAACAUCUUCCUGAGGCAGAAGUGGAACGACCCUCGACUGGCGUACAGCGAGUAUCCGGACUCCUCGCUGGAUCUGGACCCGUCCAUGCUGGACUCCAUCUGGAAACCCGACCUGUUCUUCGCCAACGAAAAAGGCGCCAACUUCCACGACGUCACCACGGACAACAAGCUCCUGAGGAUCUUUAAGGACGGAACCGUUCUGUACAGCAUCAGGUUGACAUUAAUAUUGUCCUGUCCGAUGGAUCUGAAGAACUUCCCGAUGGAUGUGCAGACCUGCACGAUGCAGCUGGAGAGCUUCGGCUACACCAUGAACGACCUGAUAUUCGAGUGGCUUGAUAAAGGUCCCGUUCAGGUGGCUGAUGGUCUGACGUUACCACAGUUCAUCAUCAGAGACGAGAAGGACCUGGGCUACUGCACCAAACACUAUAACACAGGGAAGUUCACGUGCAUCGAGGUGAAGUUCCACCUGGAGAGGCAGAUGGGAUAUUACCUGAUCCAGAUGUACAUCCCCAGCCUCCUCAUCGUCAUCCUCUCCUGGGUCUCCUUCUGGAUCAACAUGGACGCCGCUCCGGCUCGGGUCGCGCUCGGCAUCACCACAGUCCUCACCAUGACGACCCAGAGCUCGGGGUCACGAGCGUCGCUGCCAAAGGUUUCCUAUGUGAAGGCGAUAGACAUUUGGAUGGCGGUGUGUUUACUGUUCGUCUUCGCCGCUCUGCUGGAAUACGCUGGAGUGAACUUCGUCUCCAGACAACAGAAGGAGUUUCUGCGGCUCAAACGAAGGCAAAGACGAAAUCAAAAGGAGGACGAAUUACAAGACGGACGGUUUUCCGGCUACAACAGCGCCGCGGUCAAAAGCGCUGCGACCAACACCGUCCAGCAGCCGUCCAUCCUCAAGGACACGGAAGUAAACCGGAAGAAGUUUGUGGACAGAGCGAAGCGGAUCGACACUAUAUCCCGGGCGGCGUUCCCGCUGGUGUUCCUGAUCUUUAACAUCUUCUACUGGAUCACAUACAAGAUCAUCAGACACGAGAGCGCCAGGAAAGUGUAGUUCAGAUGAAGCUACCGACAGAGACGCUGCGACAGUCUGUGGAUAUCUGACGGUGUUCCUGACCAGCAGUGCUGCUGUGUUUUUGUGAAAGGUUUCAUACGACAGACGCUGUUUUAUAUGAUUGUCUUUUGGAUCUUGAUCGUUUUUAUGAAUCGAGUCGUCACUCUUCUCCUCUUUCUAGACACAUUUUACUGCACAAACACCACAAUUAGACCAUAUUAUAGAUCUAAACCAUCAAUGUUCAGGUUAUAUUUCACCUACAAAUCAAAAUAAAUAUUAUAUGUUAUUAAAUACUAUACUAUAAAAUGUUAGAAAAG